CUGCGGGACGCCAUGGCGGCCAUGCGCAAGUCGGCCCGAGAUGUCCAGAAGUUUGUGGAGGCGGUUUCCCGGAAGCCGGCGGCAACCCCGUCGGGGCUACUGCGUGCCGCAACCACUCAGCCAGCAGGCCCCGUGCUGACGGGCGUGUCGCGAGGCCCGGUGGCAGCGACCGACAAGAGCAAGCCCCCACCGGGCGGUGCCAUCGUCUCCGUGCCCUCCUCGCCCACCAGCACCCUGUCCUCCACCUGCAGCCCCCGCGCCCGCCCCGCCCUCCAGCUGCAGCUGCAGCCGCCGCCCACGCCCGCUGCCCCCAGCGCGCUGGCCGCGCCCGUGGACGGCGAGGUGGUGAAGGACGGUGACCUCUACAACGGCAUGCGCAUCCUGGGCAAGAAACGCUCCAAGACCUGGCACAAGGGGGCGCUCAUCGCCAUCGUCACCACGGAACCUCCCAGGCCCUGGCCGACAAGUACCAAGGUGAAGUCCUCGACAGACAAGGGCAAGAGCCUGCUCUCGGGCAACCACGUGGCCUAUGGACCAUCACCCCAGGAUGACAAGCGAUGCGAGUGGAUCUACCGUGGGUCCACCCGCCUGGAGCCCAUGUUCAAUCUGAAGAUGACCACGGCCUUCCGCCAGGGCAGCCAGAGUGGUCCGCAGCGGACCCGGCCUAAUGUGGGUGCUGUACGUACGAAGGGGCCGGUGGUGCAGUACACCCAGGACCUGACCACCACCCCCCCCCUCACCACAGCAGCCCCCACCCCAGGCCCACAGCCCUCAACCCCACCCCUGCCGACCGACAAGCUGGACACUGCGGGCAUCUUGGCCCAGGCCAGGAAGCAGGUGGCCAAGAAGAGCACGUCCAACCGGCAGUCGGGGGGGCGAGGGGCCGAGCCGACCGGUGACCCCGACUCACCGUCCACCAGCGAACCGCCCGGCAAACCGGCCCCCAACCUGCCCGCCAGGUUGGUGCCGUUGCCGUUGGCGAGCGUGGAGCGAGUGGAGCCGGAUGCGGGCAAGAUGGGCGAGGAGCGAAUGCCGAUGGACCUGCCGUACCGGGCGCCGACCGACAAGCUGUUCUACCUGCCGCACACGUGCGGUCCGGGCUGCGUGGUACGUGCCGCGUCCGCCUACCGCGGGCAGCACCGCGGCCGCAACCCGCUGCUGGCCCCCCUGCUGUACGACUUCCGCCGCAUGACCGCCCGGCGCAAGGUGAACCGCAAGAUGUCCUUCCACGUGGUGUACAAGGGCCCGUGCGGCCUGGCCCUGCGCAACAUGGAGGAGGCCGAACGCUACCUGGCCCAGACCGCCGCCGACUUCCUCUACCUGGAGAUGUUCUGCUUCGACCCCUACGUGCUGGUCGACCGCAAGUUCCAGCCCCAGCGCCCCUUCUACUUCAUCCACGACAUCACCAGCGGGCGCGAGGACGUGGCCCUCUCCUGCGUCAACGAGAUCGACGCCACCCCACCCCCGCACGUGGCCUACAGCAAGGAGCGCAUCCCCGGAGAGGGGGUCUACAUUAAUACCCACACCGACUUCCUGGUGGGAUGCGAGUGCACAGACGGCUGCAAGGACAGGUCGAAAUGCGCCUGCCUGCAGCUGACCACACAAGCAACGGCCUGCAACCCAGGAGGGCAGCUCAGCUCCAGUGCUGGCUACCUGAACAAACGCCUGGAUGAGUGCUUGCCCACAGGGAUCUAUGAGUGCAACAAGCAGUGUCAGUGCAACUUGGGCCUGUGCAAUAACCGCCUGGUUCAGCAUGGCCUACAGGUCAGGCUGCAGCUCUUCAAGACCCAGAACAAGGGCUGGGGCAUCCGUGGCCUGGACGAUAUCGCCAAGGGUUCAUUCGUCUGUAUCUAUGCAGGCAAGAUCCUGACGGAUGAUUUUGCCGACAAGGAGGGCCUGGCGAUGGGCGAUGAAUACUUUGCCAACCUGGACCACAUCGAGAGCGUGGAGAAGUACAAGGAGGGCUACGAGAGCGAGGCGCCCUGCUCGUCGGACAGCAGCGGGGUGGACCUGAAGGAGGGGCGGGCCCACUCGGGCAGCGAGGCGGGGGACACCAGCUCGGACAGCUCGGACCAGAACUUUGGCGGGGGGACGGACGAGGCCUAUGUGCCGGGCUCGGUGUGGCGGAGUUACGUCACCCGCACCAAGAGCCGGGAGCAGAAGGAGAACGGGUCGGAGGCUGGAGUGGGCGCGGGAGUGACCCGGCAGCCUGGCGCGGACGAAACCGCCCCCUGCAAGCUCCCCUCUACGGAGGAGACGGCCAAACACAAGGUGGCCUCGUGGCUGAGCGGUCUCCCGGCCGAUGAGGCCGCGCUGGACUCUGACAGCCGCUCCUCCUUCAAGAUGGCGGACGGGCCAGCGGCAACAGCGGCAAACGCAACCGCCGCCACGGGCGAGAGUCGGCCCCCCCCCACUCGCGACGAGGGCAUGAAGCCCCCCGCCCUCCUCAAGGCCGAGCUGCCGACGUUCCCGACCACGCCCAGCGUCAAGCACGAGACCCCCACCAAGGAGGAGCCCGGGCUGGCCGUCGACACCAAGCAUGGAGGCCGGCUGGAGGUGGAGAGGAGGGAGGGCAAGGUGGAGGUGACCGAGGGCAGCAGCAGCAGCAAGAUCUCACUGCCCUUCAACAACUCCGCCCGCAACUUUGGCUACAACCCGCGGCCCCCCAGGAGUGAGGGCAUCCGUCGACCAGUCAGCAAGACCACCCUUCUACAAGCCCGGCGUAACUCGGCCCCCCAGCCCGUCUCCAAGGAUGAGGUGAUGACACUGUCCAGCAGCUCGGAC